UUGUGGAAGCAGCCACCUUCAACAAAGGUGGCUCCCUCUGUGCCCAGUAAUCUCCCAUCUCACUUGGGUCACAGUCUUGUCAGGGCAGCUUUGAAUGUCGGUGAUUUUAGACGUGCCCAACAACUGUUUGAUAAUAUUCCUCAACCAGACCCCACCACUUGUUACGCAUUAAUUUCAGCUCUCACUAGUCAUGGACUUCCACAUGAGGCUUUAAGGCUCUAUGCUUCGCUACGGGCACGUGGGAUCAAACCCCAGAACACUGUGUAUCUGGCUGUUGCCAAAGCCUCUGGUGCCUCUGGUGAUGUCUUGAGAGUCAAGGAGGUUCAUGAUGAUGCCAUUCGAUGUGGGAUGAUUUCUGAUGUUUUCUUGGGAAAUGCAUUGAUUCAUGCCUAUGGGAAGUGUAAAUGCACUGAAGGUGCAAGACGGGUUUUUGAUGAUUUGGUUGUGAAAGAUGUGGUUUCUUGGACCUCCAUGUCGUCAUGCUAUGUCAAUUGUGGAUUGCCCAGACAAGGCCUAGCUGUUUUUCACGAAAUGGGACGGAAUGGGGUGAAGCCUAAUUCAGUGACAGUGUCUAGCAUUUUGCCUGCGUGCUCCGAAUUGAAAGAUCUGAAGUCUGGAAGGGCUAUUCAUGGAUUUGCAACGAGACAUGAGAUGAUGGAAAAUGUGUAUGUCUGCAGUGCUCUUGUGAACAUGUAUGCUAGAUGUUUGAGUGUUAAACCGGCUAGACUAGUUUUCGAUUUGAUGUCUUAUCGAGAUGUUGUGUCUUGGAAUGGAGUUUUAUCGGCAUACUUCACAAACAAAGAAUAUGAGAAGGGUCUUGCCCUGUUUUCCCAAAUGAGGAGCAAAGGAGUCAAAGCAGACGAAGCUACAUGGAAUGCUGUUAUUGGGGGUUGCAUGGAAAAUGGGCAAAUAGAGGAGGCAGUGGAGAUGCUUAGGAAGAUGCAAAAUAUGGGAUUUAAACCUAAUCAAAUUACAAUUAGUAGUUUCUUACCGGCUUGCUCUUUUUUAGAAAGCUUGAGGAUGGGCAAGGAGGUACAUUGCUAUGUCUUUAGGCAUUGGUUAGUUUGGGACUUGACAACCAUGACGGCUGUGGUAUACAUGUAUGCUAAAUGUGGUGACUUGAAUCUUUCAAGGAAUGUGUUUGAUAUGAUGCACAGAAAAGAUGUUGUUGCUUGGAACACGAUGAUAAUUGCCAAUGCAAUGCAUGGAAAUGGAAAAGAAGUGCUUUUGCUGUUUGAGAGCAUGCUUCAGUCAGGGAUGAAGCCCAAUUCUGUUACUUUUACUGGUGUUCUGUCUGGUUGUAGCCACUCAAGGCUGGUAGAGGAAGGACUCCAGAUCUUUAAUUCAAUGGGUAGGGAUCAUCAAGUCCAACCUGAUGCUAAUCACUAUGCAUGCAUGGUUGAUGUCUUCAGCCGUGCUGGUCGGCUUGAUGAGGCAUACGAGUUUAUACAGCGAAUGCCUAUGGAGCCAACUGCGAGUGCUUGGGGAGCACUUCUUGGUGCUUGUAGAGUUUAUAAGAAUGUGGAGUUGGCAAGAGUUUCAGCCAAUAAAUUAUUUGAGAUUGAACCCAACAACCCUGGAAAUUAUGUUUCAUUAUUCAACAUCUUUGUCUCAGCCAAAUUGUGGAGUGAGGCAUCAAAAGCGAGAAUAUUGAUGAAAGAGAGAGGAGUUACAAAAACUCCAGGCUGUAGUUGGCUUCAAGUGGGAAAUAGAGUUUACACUUUUGUUGUUGGAGAUAAAAAUAACAUGGAGAGUGAUAAAAUCUACAACUUUUUGAAUGAGUUAGAUGAGAAAAUGAAAUUGGCUGGAUAUAAGCCUGACACUGAUUAUGCUCUGCAAGAUGUUGACCAAGAGGAAAAAGCUGCGAGUCUUUGCAGCCACAGUGAGAGGCUCGCUGUUGCAUUUGGGAUUCUUAAUUUGAAUGGACAGUCAUCUCUUCGGGUUUUCAAGAAUUUGAGAAUUUGUGGUGACUGUCACAAUGUCAUUAAGUACAUUUCUAAAAUUGUUGGCGUGACAAUCAUCGUUCGAGACUCCUUGAGGUUUCAUCAUUUCAGAAAUGGAAAUUGUUCUUGUCAAGACUUGUGGUGAUUAUUUGAAUCAGGCUGUUGCUCUUGUCAGGACUUGUUGGAUAUGAUCUUUAAAUUUUUUUAGGUUCAACAGGGGUUUGGUCAGCCAAUAUACCAAUGUCAGAUUCUUAGCAAAAAAUUCCUCUCAAGAAAAUGCCUCGAUGAGGGUGCUUGCACUGUGCAUUCAUCAUGCAGUUAAAACAAUAUCAGAGGACCUUUUUUUGAUUAUUCUCCGUAUUUUGUGACAAAAAUAUGCUGAUUGCUUCAGAUAUAUAUGGAUAGAGUAGAAUAGACUGAAUGAAUAUAAGUAGAUUUAUCAUUUUUUUGUUUGCUUUCAGUUGAUAUACAACUUUCAUCGUACUUAGAUAUGGCAAACAAGAAAUUCGUUUGUACAAAAUCAGUGUAAAGAAAAGCAUGGUGACAAAA